ACCCGGAACCUGCGGGCGUCGGGGGCGAUGCUGCUCUUCUGUCCCGGCUGCGGGAACGGGCUGAUCGUAGAAGAGGGACAGCGCUGCCACCGCUUCGCCUGCAACACGUGCCCCUAUGUGCACAACAUCACUCGCAAGGUAACAAAUCGGAAGUAUCCAAAGCUGAAAGAAGUGGAUGAUGUGCUUGGGGGAGCAGCUGCCUGGGAGAAUGUUGACUCUACUGCAG